AUGGGCUCGUCGCAGAAAGGAAUAGCCUGUGCCGGGUCUUCAGAGAAAUCCUGGCCUCGGCUCCACGCCCCUGAGCAGCCCCACCCUGGCUCAACCUGUUACCCGCCCUGCCGGCAAGCCGGGGUCACUGCAGUCCCCGUGGCGAAGCAGGGUCAGCUCAGCUCACCGCACCCCACUCCAUCCAGCCCUGCCCAUCUCUACGGCAACGGGCCGGGUCGCACCAGGGCUGCAGCCGAGAGACAAUCUCACCGCUUCCGUAGCCGCCCGGGCUCUGUGCGCAUGUGCGACACUCCCUCCCCGGCCCCGCCCCCUUAUGCGUCUCCCAGGCAACGCGCCGCGCGUGGCUCCAGGUUCCGCCCAGGGACUAACUCCAGGUCUGCGCGCGUCCAACGAGCACGGCUCUCAACCGGCCUCCUGGCGCCCAACGACGAUGGCUUCCAACCGGCCUCCGUGUGCCCAACGACCAUGACUCCCAACCGGCCUCCAGUUUCCAACUGUUUCUCGAACAGGGAAGCCGCCAUGACACAGCUGACUACGCCCUUGGUCACAGGGGACCUGAGAUCCUCCACGAUUUACGGGACCGGCGCCACCUCGGGCUCGAACCACCCUCUCGUUAGGGCCGCCGCUAAGUAAUCGGCGUAGGGGUUCAGCUGCACAUCUCCUUCCCGCGCCGCGGACCGAGCAGUCGUUGGUGCUCUUCAGGUGCGGCCUGGGUGCCCAGAGCCUUCGUUAGACUCUCGGACCCGCAAGGGGGCCCGAAUUCUUUCAGACUCGCUCUCCCUCAGCCGGACCUCGGCCCUUUUUCACACCCCAGGGAAGUCUGGAUUUCUCAUAGUCCUGGGCACCAGCCCCUUCCCAGUCUAGCUCUUGGGACUCCCUGAAGCCAGAACUCCCUCGCCUGGACUCCCGGGAGAACCUGGAAUCCCCAUCUCCAGUCCACAUUUUCUCAGAAUCGGUCCUAGCCCUUCAGUCUCCCAGGCAUGACAUCGUGUGGUCCCAGCGCCCUAGGUGGUGAGCUGUGACUCUCCUUAGAGCCUGGCGAGGCCGAGGUCCUCCCCAGCUCGAACCCAUCCCACACUCCCCUUCUCAGCCUCUGUGUUCCCCAGUGGUCCUGGAAAAGCCCCCAGUUCCCUCUGCCUGGCCCCAAUCCUCACAAACCCAAUUACCCACGCUCCUUUCCAUUCCAUAACCCCCAUCACUGCAUCCUCCAGGCUCCCAUCCAUGGAGGACUUGAGGUGGAAAGCAAUUUGGUUCAAAAUAACCAUUAUUUAUUACUUGAAAGGGAAUAUUUCCAGUCGUUGCCAGCCUCCUCCCCUUCUAGUAUUGGUAAAUUUUUUGCACCACUGA